ACACUGUAAGGGGAGCGUGUUGUUGUAGUUGGACGAACAUUAUUUGACGAAAUUUAAUGGAUGUCUUAACAUAAUCGUAUUAAUAAUUAUUAUACUUCUUAUUCAUGUUAUAGCGUAAUAUGUCACUUAAUAAUAUUUUAAGGUUUGGCUGUUUUCAAGUAAAUGUUUAUAUAGGAAUUGCAAGGCCUGGCUUAGCCGGUUGCGUUAGGCGACAUUUCCGACAACAUGCAGGUAGUAGUGGGCCUAGUAGACCCAUACAUACUAGGCAUACCCGUAGGCCUAGGCUUGCUUUGGUGACUGGCAACAAGAAGAUGCAUUAUUCGACGUCGUUGUUUACAACAGCAACUGAGUCUGAAAGGGUGCCGUUUGUUAUGAAGCCAGAGUUUGACUUUCAUAAAUUAUUUCAUGAAGAUAAUGUGGUUUACCUGAAAGAAAGCAUUUUGAAGAGGAAGUUACGUGUAGAUUUGAAUAAAAUAAUGUACCUUUGGGAGAGAGUAAAAGAUGUUGAAGAAAACAUGAAUUUCUUGCAAACAAGGAGGGAAAGUUUAAAGGAAGAAGGAAAGAACUUCAACAGACAGAAAAGUGCUUCUCAGGAAGUGAAAAUGCAGUUUCGCACAGAAGGAAAGCGUAUUCGAGAAAACUUGAAAAAGGCCACAGCAUUGUAUAAUUCAUUAUCACAAGAACUCUACCUCUCAGUACUUCAACUGCCAAAUAUCCUACAUCCAGAAACUCCUUCUGAAGAAGAGGUCAAAGUUAUAGAAGUCCAUGGAAGUAAAGCAGAUACCAUGCCAAUAAAACAUGUGCCUUAUGGAAUAGAGAAUGGCCUCCUAAGCAUCAACCACGACAUUGUAAAUCCGGGGAUGUGUUACUUGCAUGGUAAGGCGGCUUGGCUGCAGAUGGCACUCUUGUGGUGGAUGAGCAAUGCUUUGAUGGACAGAGGCUUCAUGAGGUUCUCAAGUCCAGACAUGUACAAACCUGUAGCAUUGGAAGCAGUUUGUGUGGAUGUUACAGAUCCAGAGCAGGUAUUUUCAGUUCUUACAAGUGAAAGUAAUCUGUACCUUACUGGUGUGUCUUCUGCUGUGUUUUCAGGUUACUACAUGAUGUCUGUGAUUGAGAAUGCUGACCUACCUCAAAGGUCCUUUUCAGUUGGAACUCACUAUGAUGCUUCUAAAGAAUCCCAGUCUUUUUUAGGCCUACCCACCAUAAUGCAAAGAAGCCAGAUUGAGAUAAGUUGUCUAUGCCACGCAAGCAGUGAGAGUGAUUCUGUAUUUCACCAGACCACUGACAUGCUGCUAGAUCUGUAUUCACAACUCCCAGUGCAGUUAAGACUUGUUGAGGUUGGCACCAAAGAUCUCCUUCCUAGUAUGUACAGAAAGCAAGCAAUUCAGUUAUUGUUGCCUUCAACACAAGAAUAUUAUGAGGUUGCUUGUGUCUAUAACUGUACUGAUUAUAUCAGUAGACGCCUAAAGAUAAGAUACCCAGCUGAUCCUACCCAAAGAGCAGCUCAGAGUAGGAAGAGAGUACAUGCACAUACGAUUCACGGGACAGCAGUUAAUGUACCUGUUCUCCUGGCUGUGUUGUUGGAAACUUGCCAAACUGAGGAUCAAAAUCUUGCAAUACCAACUGUCCUGACAGAUUUUCUCCCUAAAAUAUUUUCAUCUUGACGAUUGGCUCGUCAAGUUAAUAGGCCUAGAUGUUGAAUAUGAAGCAGUACUUUGAAAGAACACUGCUAGAGCAUGGGGCUUUGUGUAUCAACAUAUCUUCGUUCAGUGCAUUCCUCUGCUCUAUCAUACUUAGCCAAAGGCACAUGAUAUAGUAUACUACAUAAAAGGGAUUGCAAAAUAUGAUGAAAAUGUGCUCAGUUUUUUAAUAAUGCAGAUUCCAUCAGAGGUAGGGAGAGGGCCCCGACUGAGAACUUUGCAGAAAAUUGUGGCAAUGGCAGAAUCAUAUCUGUGUUGGAAUUAACCAUGUAUGUAGAGAAAUUUCAACAACAAUUGUUGCAACCUACCGUCAUUCAUCAGAGAGAAUGCAUCCAUCUCAGGUUGUGAACACAAGAUCUAUUAGAGUAGUCUCAUAGAUUUAUAGUACCUAUGUGCUAUUCAUAUAGUAGGUUUAUAUUGUAUUUAUUUUGUAUAUCCAUGUCAAUACCAAAAACAUUUCUACGGUAUAUUAUAUGCUACAUCUGUAGCAGAUUUUGUUUUUAAAGUGUAAUAAAUAAUAAAGAUCAUUA